AUGCGCCCUUUACUCCUUCCACUUGUUUCAUUAGCCCUUGCCGUUUUGCCUGUCACUUUUGGUGAUCCAGUUCCUUUGCCCUAUGUUUUGCACGAAAAACGAAGCAGUGCGCCAUACGGAUGGUCUCGUGCGCGCAAACUCAGCUCUACAGCCAUUAUCCCCCUCCGUUUCGCGAUUGCACAAAGUAACAUUGAUAAAAUGGAUGAAUACCUAUACGAUGUUUCCGUCCCCAUGUCUCCAAAUUAUGGUAAUCACUGGACUGCCGCCGAAGUAGCAGCUAAGUUUGCUCCUAGCCAUGAUUCGAUCGAUACCAUUCACUCUUGGCUCAUGCAUAGCGGUAUUCAGCCUGAGCGCAUCAAACUCACACAGUCCAAAGGAUGGAUCAAGGUCGAUGCUACAGUAGAAGAGGCAGAGAGCCUGUUACAAGCUGAUUUUCGCGUAUAUACGCACGAGACUGGCAAAGAACACGUUGCCUGCGAAAGCUAUCGUCUCCCUGCACAUAUCGCACCCCAUGUCGACUUUGUCAUCCCUACCGUUAAUUUUGAUGCCAACUUGGCAAAGCCGUCAGAUACCACUAGUGACCCGACUUUGUAUGAACUACCUGAUGAUGGCAAUGGCCCGAAGAUAGUGGGUACUGUUGACCCGAUCGUGGGUCUAGCUGGUGAACUCAAAGACUGCGACAAGAAAAUCACUCCUGCCUGCCUCCGUGCGCUGUAUGAUAUCCAUUAUGAACCUGUUUCUACAUCAAAAAACAGUUAUGGCAUCAUGGAAUAUACUCCUGAAACCUAUGUCCAGAGUGACAUGGACCUUUUUGCAAAAACAUAUAUUAGUGGCGUCGAUCAUUUUACGCCUAACGUAGUUUCUAUCGAAAGAAAUGUCAAUCAAACUCAACAUAAAGGCUUUCCGCACGUAGAAGCUAAUCUUGAUUUGCAGUACGGCAUGACACUAGUAACGUCCAAGCAGAAGGUCACCAUUUAUCAACUUGAGACAGGUGCAUCAAUUAACGACUUCUUCGAUGCUGUAGACGGCUUUUUUUGUACCUCUAAAGGUGCCGACCCGGAUAUUCUUGCUCGAGACGCUACUUAUCCAGAUCCUGGUCCUAGCGAAUAUAGAAAGCUUCGAAACUGUGGCACGGUUAAGCCUGCAAAUGUGAUCUCCACUUCAUACGGUUUGAGCGAGGCGCAUAUUUCCCUACGCACCGCUGCCCGUCAAUGUGCAGAAUAUGGGAAACUCGGUCUUAUGGGCGUUACCGUUUUGUACAGCUCUGGGGACAAUGGUGUUGCAGGUGUUGGUAAAGCAUGCCUGCUCGCUACAGGUUCUCCGACAAGCUCUGGCAAGGUCUUUAACCCUACUUUCCCGAGCACUUGUCCAUAUAUUACUUCUGUUGGCGCAACUCAAAUUGAUCACGAUUCCAGCGUGUUCGAACCAGAAAGCGCAUGUGAACGUGUGAUCUAUUCCAGUGGGGGCUUUAGUAACUACUUCGCUAUGCCUGAGUACCAGAAGGACGCUGUGCAAAGAUAUCUGAAGAAUUACCCUCCUUCGUACCCUGCUAGUAUUUGGAACUCAACAGGAAAGUCCCGCGCUUUCCCAGACCUUUCUGCUAAUGGAGCUAACUACGUGGUAGCUAUCGACGGCAAGUUCAACCUUGUUUAUGGCACCUCUGCCUCGUCCCCUGUCAUCGGUGCAAUCUUAACCAUGAUCAACGAUGCACGACUUGCUGUGGGCAAGAAGCCAAUUGGAUUCAUUAAUCCUGCCAUAUACUCGAGCGCCUUCUCUGGAGCUUUCAACGAUAUCACCAAGGGCAGUAACCCAGGUUGUGGGACUCUUGGGUUCAACUCCACUCCUGGGUGGGACCCCGUCACAGGUCUAGGAACUCCCAAUUUCCCCAAGCUCCUCAAACAUUGGCUCGAGAUAGCCUGA